UUGUCAAUAGAAACGGUGUCAUAGUGAAGUCACGACUUGCUGGGAGUAGUGUUUUGUACACAAAUUAAACUAUAAUUUGCUUUUUUGUCGGUAGUUCUUCAUCUUAUACGUGUGUUUUGCUGUUUGAUUAAAGAUGAGUCAACGGCAGGUUUUACAAGUUUUUGAACAGUAUCAGAAGGCGAGAACACAGUUUGUCCAGACUGUAGCUGAGUUGGCCUCUCGCCCACAGAAUAUUGAGACUCUGCAAAAUGCAGGAGUUAUGUCCCUUCUACGUCCACUCUUGCUGGAUAUUGUCCCAACUAUUCAGCAGACAGCUGCCUUAGCGCUUGGUCGUCUGGCAAACUACAAUGAUGAUUUGGCUGAGGCUGUUGUGAAAGGGGAUAUUCUGCCACAACUAGUGUAUUCACUUGCCGAACAAAAUAGGUUUUACAAGAAGGCAGCAGCAUUUGUUCUUCGUGCCGUGGCCAAACACUCUCCCCAGCUAGCCCAGUCAGUUGUCGACUGUGGUGCAUUGGAUGCCCUAGUUAUCUGCCUUGAGGAGUUUGAUCCUGGCGUGAAAGAGGCAGCUGCCUGGGCACUGGGGUACAUUGCCAGACACAAUGCUGAGCUGGCCCAGGCAGUGGUUGAUGCUGGAGCUGUGCCUCUCCUGGUCCUGUGUAUUCAGGAACCAGAGCUUUCUCUGAAACGCAUUGCUGCCUCUGCCCUGUCCGACAUCUGCAAACAUUCACCAGAGCUCGCACAGACCGUUGUAGAUGCUGGCGCCAUCGCUCACCUUGCACAGAUGAUUUUGAACCCUGAUGCUAAACUGAAGAGACAAGUAUUCUCAGCCCUGAGCCAGAUUUCAAAGCAUUCAGUGGACCUUGCAGAGAUGGUGGUUGAGGCUGAAAUCUUCCCAGCAGUACUGACCUGUCUGAAAGAUCCUGAUGAAUAUGUGAAAAAGAAUGUUGCCACACUUAUAAGAGAGAUUGCUAAACACACACCAGAGUUGUCCCAGCUGAUUGUGAAUGCAGGCGGAGUAGCGGCUGUGGUGGAUUACGUCGGAGAAUCAAAGGGGAAUGUGAGACUUCCAGGAAUUAUGAUGCUAGGAUAUGUGGCUGCACACAGCGAAAACCUUGCUAUGGCUGUUAUCGUCUCAAAGGGUGUAGUGCAACUAGCCAUCGCCCUCUCUGAAGAACCAGAAGACCACGUUCAGGCCGCAGCAGCCUGGUCCUUGGGCCAGAUAGGUCGACACACGCCAGAGCAUGCUAAGGCAGUCGCUGUCGCAAACGUUCUACCCAAACUCCUCCAAUGCUACCUCCGAGCCGACGCAUCCGAAGAUCUACAGACCAAGAGUAAGAAAGCCCUCAAGAACAUCCUACAGAAAUGUGUACAUCUACCCGCACUCGAGCCCUUGCUUCAUGACGCCCCUCCGAAUAUCCUUAAACACGUUGUCGGACAAUUCAGCAAGGUUCUUCCCCACGAUUCAAAGGCCCGCAGAUUAUUCGUUACCAGCGCCGGCUUGAAAAAGAUCCAAGAAAUUAAGGCUGAGCCUGGCUCAGCACUGGCAGAAUAUGUUAACACCAUCAAUAAUUGCUAUCCAGAAGAAAUUGUCAAAUACUACUCCCCUGGCUAUUCCGAUGCCCUUUUGGAACGAGUGGAGCAGUUCAACCCGAAGGCAUAGACAGACUAACACAGAUUAUUCUACAUUUUCAUCAUCGUUUUCAUGCAUUUACAUUUACACAGACUUCGAAGACACAUAUAAAUUUUUGGAGUUGGAAUUAUGGAAUCAAAUAAAAGUGUAUUUGGAUCAUCGAAGAACUCAAAACUCGAAGAUAAAGCUUUAUAUAAGUGAAUGGACAAAUGUUUGACAAUUAUUAGGAAUUUUAAUUAUUCUUUUUUGACAUUUGAAACUUCUAAACCUUGACGAUAGUGGUAAAUAGGUAUAUAUAGGAAAAAAUGUAUGUGUCACUUUAGUAAAAAAAAAUCGUUAUCGAAUAUGGAACUAAGAUAUUUUCAGUGAAACUUUUUAUUAAAAAUGAAGUAAAAAAUUAUGUGUGUUUUUUUAACAGUUAUUUAAAGAAAAUCAAAGAUGUGAUAUGUCAUGUGCUCAUUGAAACUGUUAUUUCUGUGUUUAUGCUUAUUGUGUUUUACUUUAUGUAAUAAUAUUUUAUAUUUUUAUGCACUACAUUUUAUGCAUAUUAGUGAUACAAAUUCCUCUUUAUCUUUAAGUAUGACUAUUGAGUAUUUUGAUAUAAAUGUGAUUAUCUGGUAUGUUGUGUAUGACAAUGUAAAUGCGGGCUAAGUUUGCAAAAACUUAAGCUCAAAAGCCUACUUAAAGCUCACCAAACAAGUCAUAUCAUGUACAUGUCAAUGUGAAAUGAACUGUUAAGCUGCCAUUUCAAAGCAAAUUCUGUACAGUCAAUAGGCCAAAUAAAAAAUAACAUUUCUUUACACAGGCAACACAGAAUUCCAUUUUUACUCCCUGCUUCAAUAUCUAAAAUAAAUAUGGAUUCCAAUUUAGGCCAAUAUUAUUUGAAUUUGUGGGAAAUCUGACUAUAAAUUAGUUUAAUGACAUUCAAGUCAUUUUCCAAUAUUUCUGUUUAAGAGCAUAACUGUUUCAUUAUUUGGUUUAAUAUUAAUUAUUCAAACUUAAACAAAUGUUUCUUGUUUGAGAACAAUUGAAAUAAAAUGAUGAGGAAUCUACAAAAAAAUGUGCUUGUGGAACAAAGGAUAUAUUUUCGGGGCCUUAGAUGAAAGAGUUAAGGGGUUUGGGUUGAUUUGUAGUCUAGCUAUAUUGAAAAUCAAUCAGAUGUUCGCAAUUCCAAGAAACUUUUAAGUAUUGCAUUUACAAAUAAAGUUGCAUGACAAGGCAGAUGUCGUGAAUUAUAGUGGUAACUUCUUUUUUUAAAGAGGAUAUUGAUUUAAUAGAAGUUUUGUGAACUAUAGCAUCUGGUACUUUAAGUAUUAUUUAACAAUUGUUGAUAAUAUUAAUAAAAAGUAAAAUCUA